AUGAGAAAGCGAGCACAUUCGACGAUAGCGCAGAUAGUGUGUCGCCUGGCUGAGGCACAGUUUGCGUCUUUUAAUGAUUCGUUGAAGAAAUGCGGACCAAAUAUCACGAAAAUGAAAGAAUGGGCGGGCCCUCCUCCCCAAGAAUUAAAUGACUUAAUUGAUACUGAUAAUAAAGUUGACGACGUUGAACAGACACAAUCAGAAUCUCUAUACAAAAUUUCCUCAAAAAUAAACACUGCAUCACAAGCGUCACAAUCAUCUCUCUUAGGAGAUCAAUCGUCCCGCGAAUCUUACUCGUCUGCCGCUUCUUCAAAACAACUCACUUCAAAUGGGCAAUUAUUAUCGUCUCAAUCUUCGAUCCAAUCCCGCUUCCACAGAGAAAUUCCCAUUCCUCCUGCACGUCCUCCCACAGUCGGCGUUAUCCAACUUCCGUCGUCUAAUGUCAAACCUGCGUCUGCUGAGACUGCGUUGAAAUUAUCCUUUGAUAGACUUGACUCUUUGCAAUCAAGUACAUCAGAUUCUAUCACCAAUGCAAGUCCAGUGACACCUCCAGUAUAUCUUCAUCUAACCAGUUUCCCCCUCAACUGA